CUUCCAGCAGUUUAACCCUGCUUAUUCAGCCUACAGCAGUUUAGUCCCACCCAUUCUGCCUACAGCGGUUUAGCUCCACCCAUUCUGCCUACAAUGAUUUAGCUCCGCCCUUUCAGCCUACAGCACUUUAACUCCACCCAUUCAUCCUACGGCAAAUUAGCCCCACCCAUUUAUCUUACAUCAGUUUAGCCCCGCCCAUUUACACUGACGUUAUAAGAAAUCUUUCAGCCCUCAGAACACUUUCAUUAAAGGAAACUCAUUGAUAAUUCAGGUUUAGUUAUUCAUGAUAUUGGCCCUUUAAGAUGACACGUAUUCAGCUCUUGUCAGUUACAGUGACUUAAAGUGCAGCUCAGUGCGCCCUCGUGUGGCGGAGAACGGCACUGCACUAAACACACUACUGUGGGAGGAGACGCACACACACAUUGCAGUUUAAUGAUGCAGGUUCACACUCAGUCACUCUCACACACACACACACACACAAACACACACACACAGACAUAGUGUAGAAGAAGCUCAGAGAGGAAGGGGAAGCUGAGAGCAGCGAGAAAGUACCUGUGCUACUCCCUCGAGAGCUACUCCAUGCCGGACCACCGGACCUGCUGACCUUCUGACCCCCAGAGGGCCUGUUUACAGUGUGCACCAUGCAGAACGGUUCUGCGGCUGAGAAGACCUUUAACGGAGAACAGCUCAAAAUCGUGAUCGUAGGGGACGGAGGCUGCGGGAAAACCUCCCUGCUGAUGGUUUAUGCUAAAGGAGACUUUCCUGAGACAUAUGCGCCCUCAGUGUUUGAGAAGUACGUAACCACGGUGACUCACGGAGGAAAAGAAAUUCAGCUGAACCUGUACGACACAGCAGGUCAGGAUGAUUAUGAUCGUCUGAGGCCGCUGUCCUAUCAGAACGCAGACCUCAUCCUCAUCUGCUAUGACGUCACCAACCCUACCAGCUAUGAGAACGUCUUAAUUAAGUGGUAUCCUGAGGUUCAUCAUUUCUGCCGAGAUGCCCCCAUAAUCCUGAUUGGCUGCAAGACUGACCUGAGGAAGGACAAAGAGAAAACAAGGAAGCUCAAAGCGAUGGAGCAAGCGCCAAUCACCUACAUACAGGGGGAGGAGACACAGAAGCAGAUGACUGCUGAGCUUUACCUGGAGUGUUCAGCCAAAUACCGUGAGAAUGUGGAGGACAUUUUCAAAGAGGCCACAAAAAUCGCUCUGGCAUCCAGACGGAAAUUACGAAAAGCCAGAAAAAAGAGAAAAAUCUGCUCCAUCAUGUAGAGGCAGAUAAAAUCAUGGCUAGAAGAAGGAACCAUGGGAGAAUAUUUCAAAAGUUUUCUGAACAUUGCAAAACAUUCAGAAACAUUCAGUGAAAUUUAGGAAAUGUUCAGAAAUAUUUAGAAACUUUCAGGAACUUCAGGAAACCUCCAGAAACAUUCAGGAACUUUCAGAAACAUUCAGAAAAUUUAGGAAACAUUCAGAAACUCUCAGGAAUAUCUAGGAUCUUUCAAGAACUUUCAGACAGCUGAAUGUAUGGAGACUCUGGGAAAUGCACAAGUUUUUAUAAUGAGCACUUAUCGUUAUUAAUCAUAUUAUAGUACAUGUUGAUUUGAAUAUGAAUUAAUAUUGCAGCGAACCUCAGCGGUUCUGGCCGACAUUCUCCACAGGUGCUAAAUGUUUUGCACUGAUACAGCGGUCACUCUGGGGUCAGUGGGAGAUGACCUGCUGAUAUUUGCUGCUAUCGGCCCAGCAGUGUUCCACUGGACAUCAACUGUUCACUUGCACUGUGACUCUCCUCUCCAGGCCCCGCCCACUGAUGUGCUCCGUCAUAGCCACUGCUGAAUGAGCUUUACAGAAUACUGAUGAGAAUGUACAGCUGGGACGAUAAGCAGUUUUGGAAAAUUAACAAAUCAGGACAAAGUUAUCGAAAAAUAUCAAUAUUUAAAUUUUUUUAAACCACACAUUUUGGAUUGCUAGGACAGUUUCUGUUUAUGCCAGAGGGGGCACCAAAUCCCAACACUGCAAGAAAUUACGUUUUAGAGACGAUGUUAAAUCUAAUUAACAUAUAUUUCUCAUUUUGUGAUUGAUGUACAGACUCAAAAAAGAUGGUUAACAUAUAUUUCUCAUUUUGUGAUUGAUGUACAGACUCAAAAAAGAUGGUUCUUUAAGGGUUCUAGUAAAGAACAUGGUUCUAUUUAGACCCGUAAACAUCCAUAAACAAAAGAAUGCUUUGAAUGGUU